UCUCACCCAACAAAUCAUAUCGCCCAGCUGCAAGGAACUGCUGUGAGCAUGAGGACUCUGGUGGUACUGGUCUGCACUCUUGCAGCCGCGCAUGCAGAAUGCUUGCCGUCCGUCACAACAGCCAUUGGCACCAAAGCGCCAGCAAAAAUCUGCAGUGGAGACCUCAUCUUUAACGAGGAAUUCAAUGUUUUCGACUUAUCAACUUGGAAUCACGAAAAGACAGCGGCAGGCGGAGGCAACUGGGAAUUUCAAAUCUACAACAACAACCGCUCCAACAGUUUUGUAAAGGACGGAAAACUCCAUAUCAAACCGACCCUUACUGCAGACCAGUACGGUGAAGCUUUCUUGGCAAACGGCGUCCUCAAUUUACAAGGUGGAGCCCCAGCUGAUGCGUGCACAAACCCACAGGACUGGGGCUGUGAAAGGACAGGAAGUGCUACAAACCUCUUGAACCCAAUCACUUCUGCACGGAUUCGUACAGUCGAGUCCUUCAGCUUCACGUACGGUAAAGUGGAAGUUAAAGCGAAACUGCCUGCUGGGGACUGGACGUGGCCAGCUAUCUGGCUCUUGCCCCGGUUCAAUUACUACGGCUCAUGGCCGUCGUCUGGUGAGAUAGACCUCACUGAAGGUCGAGGCAACAGGAAGCUGGUCAGCAAUCAGCAGAACAUUGGCUCUGAGCUGACUUCAUCCACACUGCACUUCGGCCCCUUCUGGCCACUCAAUGGGUAUGCGCAUGCUCAUUUCGAGAAGAAUACAGCUCCAGAUAAAGGCUUCGAUACAGACUUCAAUCUGUUCCAGUUGGAAUGGACUCCAGAUUAUAUUCAAUUCAGUGUUAACGAUGAAGUUAUUGGCAAAGUAGAACCCUCAGAUGGUGGAUUCUGGAAGAUUGGUAACUUCGAUUCACAAGUAGGAGCUGUUGACAAUCCCUGGCAACACGGAAACAAGAUGGCACCUUUUGACCAACCAUUUUACUUCAUAGUUAAUGUUGCUGUCGGAGGGGUAAAUAACUUCUUCCCUGAUGGUGCAGAGAACCCAGGGGGCAAGCCCUGGCUAAAUACUUCACCCCAGGCUUCAACAGACUUUUGGAAUGGACGCAACCAGUGGCUUCCGACCUGGAGUGGUGACGAUGUAGCCUUACAAGUAGAUUACAUUAAAGUAUGGGCAAUAUAAGGGGUUACAAGGCAAUGAUUUGUGUGAUACAAACAACUUCAUGCAAUUGGAUUAAUGUCACUUUAAGAUGUAACACACUGAACCCCUUGUUACUAAAGGAAAGCUGUACAUACUCCUAUGUUAAGAAAUACAACUAAUGGUAAAACAAG